AUGGCACAACCUCCUGGUUUUGUGGAUUCUAUCUAUUCAUCAUCAGUAUGCAAACUUCACAAGUCUCUAUAUGGUCUCAAACAAGCCCCAAGGGCAUGGAAUGAGAGGUUUACUAAUUUUCUGCCUUCUCUGGGGCUUCAAACAACUUAUGCAGAUACGUCCUUGUUUGUCAAACACACUGAAUCUGGGGUUGUCAUCCUCCUCCUUUAUGUGGAUGAUAUAAUCAUCAGAAUGAGUGCAACAACUAUCAUUUCAGAAGUCAUUUCUGCAUUAGCAACAGAAUUUGAUAUCAAGGAUCUAGGCUCACUCCACUAUUUUCUUGGAAUUCAAAUUACACAAACUGCAGAAGGGUUAUUUCUAUCUCAGCAUAAUUAUGUUAAUGAUUUGUUGACAAAGACAGAAAUGCAUCAGUCAAAGCCUUGUGCUACUCCUUGCCUGCCUCAUAAUCGGCUUCUAAAGGAUGAUGGAACACCAUUUGAUAAUCCUGCGUUGUACAGAAGCAUCGUGGGAGCAUUACAAUACCUCACUUUCACAAGACUCGACAUUGCAUUUUUUGUGCAUCAAGUCUGUCAGUUUAUGCAUUGUCCCAUGAAGUCACAUUACUUGGCUAUCAAAAGGAUAUUACGAUAUCUUAAAAUGACUCAACAUUAUGGUAUUCAAUAUGUGAAAGGUGAGUUGGAGUUGAAUACAUUUAGUGAUGUUGACUGGGCAGGGGAUCCCAAUGACAGAAGAUCCACAACUGGAUUUGUUGUUUUCCUAGGGACUAAUCCAAUCUCAUGGUCAUCCAAGAAGCAAAAUACAGUAUCUCGCUCAUCAACGGAAGCUGAGUAUAGAGCCAUUGCUACAACAGCUACUAAGAUAGAUUGGAUGAAACAGAUUCUUGCAUUUCUGCAGAUUGACAUAUCAAUUCCAUCAACAAUGUUUUGUGAUAAUUUGUCCGCAAUUGCUCUUACCUGCAAUCCAGUGAUGCAUCAAAGAACCAAACAUAUCGAGAUUGACGUGCAUUUUGUUCGGGAAAGGAUUGCUAAACAAUUACUUCACAUGGAGUUUGUAUCCUCUACUAAGCAAUUUGUUGAUAUCCUGACAAAGGGGCUGUCUGCACCGUUGUUCCAUGCUCAUUGUUGCAAUCUCAGGCUUCGUGAUCCUCCUCCUGAGCUUGAGGGAGGAUGUUAA